AUGACACUGACUUACAGCACGCCUGACAGUAAGUCUUUGUCCAAGAAGUCUGAUAAUGUCACAGCAGAGGACGGUAAAGUUAACACAACCCUGCCAGCUACAAGCCAAGAGAACAGAGAAAUUUAUGUUACCGCGUCGUCUGGCAAGGCUGAAAGGGAGGUGAAUGAUAUCAUGGAAAAUAGAACAAAUAAACGCCAUGAACCAAUCGUGGUAUUUAUCGGUCAUUCUGACAGUGAAGAACUAGGUAAAGAUGAAUCAUCUGAACCUCCAAAAUUUACUUCCCUGUCCUUCUCUGGUUUGUACCCUGAAAACUGUUCAUCAAGAGGACAAGAAAACGAUGACGUUGUGUUUCUUGGCGAUACUGACCAAUAUGUUUUAGUAGACAUUUUGGAUAAAAUUUGGCCUCAUCCGCCCUAGAGCUUGCUUCUAUGGUAUACUAUCGUAUGGCUUUACAUAAAACAGUUCCUGAAAAUCAUAAUACCGUUACGAGGCUUAGCUUGAAAGUGAGGAGGAUGGAAUUUUUACCGCACUGGGAAGGUAUUCUAAUGAGGAAACUUAUGCCAAAGAACUGAACAGGCUUGCACUGCAGCAGAAGGACACUGAUAUUGGAACCUUUUUUUACUUAGGAAACUUUAUUUUGCACAAAGAAAGCUGCCAGACGCCUAGCUGAAUCACAGAGGUUUACUGCAAAGUUGUGGAACAAGGGUGUAGCAACCCGUGCGCUUGAUCAGAUCAAAUCAAACUCGCAAAAAAGGCUCGCAAUCUUACAAAUUGUAUGUACUUUGAUGCACUCUCCCUCACAUCUAACAAAUUCCGAUCACUUUACAGCUCCUAAUUCUAAAAAGGAGGGUUUUAAAUCUCUCCCAACAUAUUUCGUCGUAGGAAAUAUGCAUCAAUCGAUCAUUUUGUGACAGACGAAACUGAUCUUCGUUUUGUUUGUUUGUUGUUUAAUUAAGAAGCGAUUUUCGGUUUUACUUUAAAAUAAGAUACUUCCGAAAGUUGUUAUAUUUCAGUGGAAACAUUUCUGAGAUAACGAUGCCUUAAUACGAAAAAAAAAGAAAUGAACAGAUCUGGUUAUCGCACGCCCAUUAGAUACAGGGCCGUAGGAGUGGGGGGGGGGUAGGGAGAGGAGGGGGGGGGGGGGGUGGGGGGGGGGGGGGGGGGGGCGCGCCCCCCCCCCCCCCCCCCACACACACACACACACUUCUUGAGCGAAAAUUAAAGACAAAAGGAGACUACCACUUUACCGUCGGAAAUACUGAGUUAAUAAAGGUCUAUGGGCUCCUGGUGAAUAACACAACGCAAUUCCCCUUUCGAUUUUAAAAAAUAUGUUGUUAGGGCUAAUUUUUUAACCUCUCAAGUCAGUUUAAAUCCUGUAUUGCUAGAAAAGGGCAUUGAUAGAGGACAAUCUGACACACAUUUUUCUCGGAACUGAACAAGACUAUAACAGAUGUUAUAUUUUGAAGCUUUGGACUUGUUAGAGAAUGGGAUCAAGUCUAGAUUGUAAGAUUGAUCAGCCAGGUUAAAAAAUCCAGCAGUCCGUCGAGAAAGUUUGGAAGAGAGCAAAAAAAAGGAGUUCCACCUUUUUUUUUUGCUCCCGCCCUAACUUUCGGGCAAUACUUCGAUUGGAAACGCUUGCUACGCAGGCUAAAAAUCCACGAGCGUAGCGUUCAUAUACGCACAUACGCCGGUGCGUACAGCUGAAAUCUGGAAAAUAAUUUUUUUUUAUCUAUAUACUCAUUUCCUGAAAGCAUUUUUAUCGUUAAACAAGGGUGACUGAUAAAUUUUGCGCCAUAUAUUUGUGUCCUUUGCCCGUCUGAAGGGUAAACGCCUCGCCCUUAGCCAGCGAAUCACUAGAGACGUUUCGCAAUAGAGACGAAGAGAGGCGGCUGUCAUACAGGCAGGCUAUCUCGCGCUUUGCUUGUACUUUCCUUGAUUAUGUCACUGUUUUACGUUUUUUACGUAAACACUGUACCUUAACGACAGCAUUAGAGAUGGGUAAAAUAUAUUCUAACCAUUUGUUCUUUUCUUUCGUAUUUAUUAUAAUGUCCUGUGGAUAACGCAGGAAAUGGCAUUUCCGAGCCUCAAAAUUUAAAAUGUUUUUGGGGAGCAUACCCCCAGACGGUAAUCCCCCCCACCCCUCCACUUUGGAGCGCCUUCGGACUUCUAACUUUUUUUCCCUUUGCGUGGUACCUUCAAAAUCUCACGCUACGCCCCUGAAAUCUAUACGAAUCUCGAAAACUUGCAAUUCAAGACAGUUUCAGGAGGCCAUUUCCCAAGUCAGUCAUUAUCAACCUGCAACUUUUAUGGAUCAGAUAUAAGCAGGACACGACUUGAAACGCAGCUUACUACUUUGAAAAUGCAUGCUUAAGGAAGUUCCAUAGCUUCUGUGUCAUCCAAAAUAGAAUUCUUAAUGAAAAUGGCAUUGUUUCAUUCAGUGAGACUGCAACAAUUUUAGUGAAACUUAUGUUAGUAAUGCCUGUCACAAAUGCUUUGAGUGAGAGGUCUUACUGUUCCUUAAGAGGAAUCAAGAAUUACCUUAGGUCUACCAUGACGCAAAAAAGGAUAAACAAACUUAUGCUGAUGUCAGUAUACAAGGAAGACGCAGACAACUAAUUGAUGUUGCAAACGACUUUUACACCGGAAACUCUAACAGGUUGUCAAAAUUUGGACACUUUUCAUCUUUUCGGAAGUUGACCACCCCGCUUUACGGACACUCGCUUGAUACGGGCAACUCGUUAUUACGGACAGUUUGCUUUGUCCCCGGGGGAAAGAAAGCCCCUACAUUUUCCCUAAAUUCAAUCGGCCUUAUACGGUCACACCGCUAAUACGGACACUUCCUAUGACCCCCUCAGUGUCCGUGUUAACGGGGUUUGACUGUUUAGACUUUCAAGAUUUGGCGGGGUGGGGGGAAGGGGUAUCAGCCCACAAAAGUCGUUCACAGCGGUCAAACGAGUGAAAUUUGCAAAAGUUAAACGAAAUACUUCAAAGCUAAGGUUGCUACUUUCACUAUCGAAAGUUUAAGGUAUUUCCAACAUCCUGUUAGUUCACUAAACUUUUUAAAAGUUUACUAAAAAAGUUCUAAGUGAUUGAAAACUGAUGCUGACGUUAUUAUCGGCGCCAUUUUCAAACAUGAUUCUCUUUUAGCGCGAAGCGUUUUCAGCGAAAAAGGCUCAAAAUUUUGAGAAAAAUGGAGAGAUAGUUAUGUUGACUAACUGAUUUAUACAUCUUUGCCCAUUUUUCUCUAACUGGUAAAUGAAAUCCCAGCAAUAAAAACAAAAAUAACGAUUUAGACGUUUGACCGCGGUAGUCAACAGUCGUGCCCUCUCACUUUCAAAUUCGUUCCUACGGGCCUGACUGAUAAACCGGUCCGUGCUUCUCGCAAUGUGUUUCUUGACUUUUCUCGGUAAAAAUAACUUUUGCAAGUCACGGAGUUAUUGUAGGAAUAAAAGGAGGUGAGUAGACCUCUCAGUUUGUGAAGUAAUUUUUAAACCUGUUGUUCGUCUGUACCGUGUUUGUGUUUUAUUGGUUGUGCAUGUGUAUCAAGAAUUUCUUACUAUCGCUCAAUCUCUUUCUAGUCUUAUCCAGUUGCAUAUGUGAUAUGUAAGCUCCAAACUAAAAACUUACCAAGGGGUCGAAUACAAUCAACAAUAUCCACACUUCUUGACACACACCACAACUGAAACUACUAACAAAUAAAAACUUCUGCGACAUCAAGAAACACCAACUCAAUUCCAGCCCUGAUCGACACUCCUUUGAAUUGGCUACCAGACUAAUAGAGUAGAAAGGGUCUAUAUUCUCUCUUGCUAGAGCCAGAAAGUUAUACUCUCAUGAAAGUGGUUUGCUUUUAUAUCUUACAGAUUAUAUUGUGAAUAUCAGUGCCAGUUGGAGGAAGAGCUCCGUGAACGAUUACGUCAAGAAGAACAGUUUGCACGCGAAAGAGCAGCUCAACCGAAACCAUGGCGACCAAAACAACCUAGAAAGAGGAAGGCUAAUUUCUGA